GGGGCCCGGCGCCUCCCGCCCCGUAGCCCUGCGCUCACCUUGGGCGGGGAGAGGAGGUGGUGUUCGGCUGCCUCGAGGGUUGAAUCGCCCCUGGGCUGGAAGGAGGUAGCUCCUGGAGUGGCAAUAGUGGAACUGUUCUUCAUUGGCUCCUGUUCUGAGAGAUCAACUAUGGAACAUGCUGAAGUAGAUGAAGUAUGUCUUGAGCAAACCCAGAAGUAUUGUGUGGAGAGACCAAUAUAUAACCAAGAGAUCUUGGAAAGACAGCUGCACAAACGAGAAAGAACACCUCAGACUUUAAGGCAGAAGAUUGCACAUUCUUGUCGUUGUUCUUCUAAGAAAGCCAAGUCUCAUCUUUACAGUUUCUUACCAAUUUUAAAAUGGCUUCCCCAUUACCGAGUAAGGGAAUACUUAUUAGGAGACAUUAUCUCAGGUAUAAGCACUGGGGUUAUGCAGCUUCCUCAAGGUUUAGCCUAUGCUAUGCUGGCAGCUGUUCCUCCAGUAUUUGGCCUAUAUUCUUCAUUUUAUCCUGUCUUUCUAUAUACCAUUUUUGGAACCUCCAAGCACAUAUCCAUAGGCACCUUUGCUGUGAUUAGUAUGAUGGUUGGAGGCGUUGCUGUGAGAGAAGUGCCUGAUGAAGUGAUUUCUAUAGGCUAUAAUUCUACUAAUGUUACACAUACCCCUGAAUAUUACAAUGAUAGGGAUGCCAAGAGGGUACAGGUAGCUGUGACUCUCGCCCUUCUUACAGGAAUCAUCCAGCUGUGUUUAGGUCUCCUUCGAUUUGGAUUUGUAGCCAUCUAUUUAACGGAGCCUCUAGUACGAGGAUUUACUACUGCUGCUGCAGUUCAUGUCUUCACUUCCCAAUUAAAGUAUUUACUUGGCAUUAAGACUAACCGAUACAGUGGAUUCCUCUCAGUUGUAUAUAGCAUAGCUGCUGUGCUUUCAAAUAUAACAACAACCAACAUAGCUGCAUUGGUUAUUGGAUUAACAUGCAUUGUUCUACUGUUUAUUGGCAAGGAAAUCAAUCUCCGGUUUAAAAAGCAGCUCCCAAUUCCUAUUCCUAUGGAGAUCAUUGUGGUAAUCAUUGGCACAGGAGUUUCUGCUGGAAUGAAUCUGAAUGAGUCAUACAAAGUGGAUGUUGUUGGGAAUAUUCCUCAAGGGUUACGUCCACCAGCAGUUCCAGAGAUUCAGCUCAUCCCAGCAAUAUUUGUGGAUGCAAUAGCAAUAGCAAUAGUUGGAUUUUCAAUGGCUGUAUCAAUGGCCAAAAUCUUUGCCCUUAAACAUGGCUACACCAUUAAUGGGAAUCAGGAACUUAUUGCCUUGGGAAUAUGCAACUCUGUGGGGUCAUUUUUCCAAAGCUUUUCAGUCACUUGCUCAAUGUCUCGGAGUCUUGUUCAGGAAAGCACCGGUGGGAAAACACAGAUUGCAGGCACUCUCUCCUCAAUUAUGGUUCUGCUGGUAAUUGUGGCUGUUGGAUACCUCUUUGAACCGCUUCCGCAGACAGUGCUAGCUGCAAUUGUCAUGGUGAACCUGAAAGGAAUGUUUAAACAGUUUGGAGAUGUUGCACACUUCUGGAGAACCAGUAAGAUUGAACUGGCCAUCUGGGUGGUAGCUUUUCUGGCUUCUCUUUUCCUGGGACUAGACUAUGGUUUGCUUACUGCAGUAGCAUUUGCGAUGGUAACCAUUAUUUACAGAACACAAAGCCCUCAAUACAGAAUCCUUGGUCAGAUUCCUGACACUGACAUCUACUGUAAUGUGGAAGAAUAUGAAGAGGUAAAAGAAUACCCUGGAAUAAAAAUCUUUCAAGCUAAUGCAUCACUUUAUUUUGCCAAUAGUGAGUCAUAUACAAGUGCACUGAAGAAAAAGACUGGAGUGGAUCCUUGUGCAAUAUUAGCAGCAAGGAAAAAAGCCCGGAAGAGGCAUGCCAGGGAAAUCAAGGCAGCAAAUAAACUCAAAAAGCAAGCUGUGCUGAAAUUGGUCAACUCUUCGACUAACGAUGUGGAAGCAAAUGUAAAACAUGAGAUAGCAAAUGAUGAGUUACCUGUAAAUGGAAAAUUUGCAUCUGCAGAUGCUAGUGUACAAGAUACAUCUCCUGAUGAACAUGAACAUUUUGUGGAGCCCAAAGCAAACAUCCACUCUUUAAUUCUGGAUUUCACCCCAGUGAACUUUGUGGAUUCAGUUGGAGCAAAAACACUAAAAUCAAUUAUAAAAGAAUACAGAGAAGUUGGUGUCUGUGUCUGUAUUGCCAGCUGCAGUGGCCCUGUUAUGAAUGAGCUGACAAGACUGGAUUUUUUUGAUAACACUGUAACGAGAGAGGUGCUGUUUCACAGUAUUCACGAUGCUGUCCUGGCUUGCCAAGUGAAAGACAGGUCUGCUUCACAAGCUGACUGACCUCUGCAGAGUGGCAUCGAGCAGGAUGGAAGCCAGAUUUAUGCUGAUGGAGACUCUUUCUGAAUAUUUAAUUUGCACAAAAGGUUUAAAGAAAGCCUGAAGCUGUUUGUAUUUACGGGUAUAGAGUGAUGCUUAUGUUCUAUAGGAAGAGCAGAUAAGGAAGUGGAAGCCUUCAUGCUCUUGAUUUUAUUCCUUCAAUCAGGGUAUAGCCUUCCAAUGGCAUACAAGCAUCAAAUUAUGCAAGACAAGAAAAUUCAGUGUGUUUUGCUACAAUCAGGAUCUGACAGAUACAGUGACAUUCCGAUUCCCGUUGAGAAAAUGGGCACUUUAACUCAAUACAAGGUGGGAUCUUGCAGGAAUUAACUGUUCUGCAACUACGAUGCACUGUCCCAGUGUCUUUAAAGAACUUUCUUAGCUGACUUUUAAAGCCUGAUGUCAACAUCUGCAUACAACAGUCAUACAAAGUCAUACAAAUUACAACAGUCUGCCAGCCAGAUUAGUGAAUUCACACUGGGGGCAUUUAGCUGCUGCUCUUUUUAAACCUGGAUGGUACAAUUAGCUUGGGUUUUUUAGAUAUCUAACCUGUCUCACCUAAACUCUUCACUGAAUGUUUUCACUCUAAGUGAGCUUCAAAUAGAAGUUCAUCAUUUAAUUAGUACAUUGUCAAUACAGUACUUUCACUGCCAAAACACAGUUAUGCUUUCUAGAAAAGACUAUGCUUGAUUUUGAGCUAAAAUUAGUUUAGCUUCAAAGUUUGAAGACAAAACUGGUUGAAAGCAUGAGUGAAGCUUAUUGAAAUUACAUUGAGAACUGACGCCCGAUGUGCAGUCUCUUAAGUGGAAUAAAAAUGCAGACAAGGUCUAAAGUCUCAGUGGUGUGUCCCCCCCCCCCCCCAAAAAAGGUACUUUUGUGUUGCCUGAGACAGCUUCCUGCCAGCAGUGCUGCUUCUGCCUUCAGUUUUUAAGUGCUUUGAGAAACAGAUUUCGAUAGAACUCGGAAAUGUUACAUUUGGGGUUUUUAAAAGGAACAGUAGUGUGGGUUUACUUCUGCUGUCUGCACAGCCCGGCUGCUGGGGUACUGCGUAACUUCAGGUGUGAGAUGAAAGCCAUGCAAAUGUAGUUCAAGCAAACAAAAAGAACUCUUCAAUGCUUCUAUUCCCUUAACAGCAAUCACUGUGAAUCUGAGCAAGGGUAGGAACCUCAAGGUGUUUCUUUCCAGAUUAUUUCAACAGCACAGGGGAAGCAGAGCAUCAGUGACAUUUCCUUUAGCACCCCCAAAUCAAAGGUCCUGUGCAUAAGGCAAUUCAGAUGACUUCCCCUCUUCUGAAUGCAGAUCUUACUUAAUAUUUUCAUUUUGCUUCAAGCUCUGUUGCAAUUAGGGCUUGCUUCAGGUAAACCAGGUUUCCCAAGAACUGGGGGCAGUCAGGGAAGAUGUUUUAUUUCCUCAGACUCCCUACCAAUAGGGAUUGGAAGCUUUCUGCAUCAGAAAUUACUGCUUAGCUGGAGUUCAAAGGAAGAAUUCAGUACAUGUUAACACAUCGGGUGUGCUUAUUUAAACAACUUUUGGUACAUUUUGUAAUGUUAACUAGUCUAACAAGCCUUUGUACCUACAGUAUAUUUUUCUACUUUCAGCUUAUUGCAGCUUCAGUUUUUAACUUAUAGUCUCUUCAUGUCAAAACUGUGUCAACUUCCAAAAUAAAGUGAUUAUGCCUUGCCAGAGUA